UUCAUUUGCAGCGUUAGCUGAUGCGAUCUUGGCUACUUCCGCCGGUCAUACAGCUUCUAACCGAUUUACACUGACGAACAAAACAACAAAGUGGGUUAUAGGUCCUUUCCCAAAGGUUUAUUUUAUGCUUUUUGUUUUAAUUUUAUGUAGGGUUUAGGUUGUGUGUUGGCCAUGUUGUCCUCGAGAGAGUUAUAGAUGCACAGAUGUUAGCAUGAGAAGUGUUUAAAUGCAAAAGCAGUUUUCAUUUAUUGCAGUGGUAACGAUGUAAUGCGUGUAUUAUGGCUGCUCAUAACAAUACAACAUCAGAGGAUGAUUUCCCGACUCUGAAGCCCAGGCGCAUCCAGAACCAGAAUGUGGUCCACCGACUAGAGAGACGUCGGAUCUAUUCGGGUGCCCCUGGAGCUCACUGGUACCGUGUGCGCUGCUUCCACCAGAACCUCUUCCCCAACUUCACUGUGGUGAACGUAGAGAAGCCUCCCUGCUUCCUGCGCAAGUUCUCCCCUGAUGGACGGUGUUUCAUUGCCUUCUCCUCUGAUCAGACUUCCCUGGAGAUCUACGAGUACCAGGGAUGCCAAGCAGCAGAAGACCUUCUCCAAGUCCAGGAGGGCGAAACCCUGGCCAAUGGGAACGACCAGCGGUCCCUCAACAUCAGAGGCAGGCUAUUUGAACGUUUCUUUUCUCUUCUCCAUGUCACCAAUGUGGCCUCCAACGGUGAACACUUGAACAGAGAGUGCAGUCUUUUUACAGACGACUGCCGUUAUGUGAUUGUUGGCUCUGCUGCCUACUUACCCGAAGAACCUCAUCCACACUUUUUUGAGGUGUAUCGCAACAACGAGUCGGUGACCCCGAAUCCACGCUCCCCUCUUGAAGACUACUCACUGCACAUUAUAGACCUGCACACGGGCCGACUGUGUGAUACACGCACAUUUAAGUGUGACAAGAUCAUUCUCUCACACAAUCAGGGACUGUACCUGUACAGAAAUAUACUUGCUGUGCUUUCUGUUCAGCAGCAGACCAUACAUGUCUUUCAGGUGACACCAGAAGGAACCUUCCUUGACGUCCGCACCAUUGGACGUUUUUGUUAUGAGGAUGACCUCCUGACUUUAUCUGCGGUUUACUCUGAGGCCCAGGCUGAAGGCCAGCCUGGUUUCUCUCGCCUGUAUAAAGAGAAAACCAUCAACUCCCUGAAGCACCGAUUGCUAGUGUACCUCUGGAGGAGGGCGGAGCAGGACGGCAGUGCCAUGGCGAAGCGGCGAUUCUUUCAGUUCUUCGAUCAGCUUAGGCAGCUGCGCAUGUGGAAGAUGCAACUCCUGGAUGAACACCACCUCUUCAUCAAGUACACCAGUGAAGAUGUGGUCACACUAAGGGUCACUGACCCCUCGCAGCCUUCAUUCUUUGUGGUUUACAACAUGCUGACGACUGAAGUGAUUGCGGUUUUCGAGAACACUUCAGACAAACUUCUGGAGCUUUUCGAGAACUUCUGUGACCUCUUCCGAAACGCCACUCUCCACAGCGAGGCUGUGCAGUUCCCCUGUUCUGCUUCCAGCAACAACUUUGCUCGCCAAGUGCAGCGCAGGUUCAAAGACACCAUAGUGAAUGCCAAAUAUGGAGGGCACACAGAGGCGGUCAGGAGGCUUCUUGGGCAGCUGCCCAUCAGUGCCCAGUCAUACAGCAGCAGUCCAUAUCUGGACCUCUCCCUCUUCAGCUAUGAUGAUAAGUGGGUGUCUGUUAUGGAACGGCCGAAGACCUGCGGUGAUCAUCCCAUACGUUUCUACGCGAGGGACUCGGGGUUGCUGAAAUUUAAGAUCCAGGCAGGCCUGCUGGGCAGACCCAUUAACCACGCAGUCAGAAGACUGGUAGCGUUCACUUUCCAUCCGUUUGAACCCUUUGCCAUCUCCGUGCAGCGCACCAAUGCCGAAUACGUGGUCAACUUCCACAUGCGCCAUGGAUGUGUAUGAUUAUUAUGUGUGAGCAAAAUAAAUCAGUGACACUUUUUGUCAGAUAGAGGAGGUGCACGGAGCCAAACGUUGGUGCAUUUUGAAUUUUGAUUUACUUUUUUAUACUUACCUUUUUUAUAUUAAAGUUUUAUUUAUUACAGAUGUGAUGUCUUUCAUACAGUUACACUAAACUAUGUAUAUAUUUGGAUAUUUGAUCUUUUUUACUAUUUUGCAAUGUGCAAAAUAAUAUGGGUAUUGUAGUACAAUAGUGUAGUUUCUAUUAGAUUGCGUGGUUUUUAAACUUAUUCUCACUGAGAGUGAAAUAUUAUUGUAAAAACAGAUUUUUUUUUAGGUUUCCUGCAUAUUUUACCCCGUCUUUAGUUUGCUUUUAAAUAAUGACAGUGUUACGAUAUUCAUAGUUCACAUUCAUCUAAUAUAAUUUUUUAAAUUGCUGAAAAAGUAUAGAAUAUGCUAAUGCCUCCUUUUGCAGUUUUUCCCCUCACAAGCUUAAUGAAAUAGUUUAGCUUCCAUUACCCAAGCUGCUCCCACAUAGUUGACCAGCAUUAACCAGAAACGGAGGUGGGUUCACACCACAAUCGUCAACAUCGCAAACCCCUUAAUGCCACAGUAGUAACAACAAAAACUAAUUCUGAAAUUGAUUCAUUAUACCCAGUUUACUAAGUCAGAGGCUUCCCUUUGGGAAUAGGAUUGUUCAGUUGAUAGAGCAGAGGUUGAAGAAAAUGAAUCUGUUUAAACAACCACUUCAGCACUGAUUGAAGGACAAUUAUCAAAACUGGAGAAUGCAACACCUUUGAAAAACAGCAUUUUUGAACUAACAUACAGAGGGUGUCGGUGGGUAAAGAGCAUGUAAAAUCUCUCCCCACCAGUCUUAAAGCUUUCUUUUCUUGAAGUUCUGCAGAGUGCCUUUUUUUAAGUGGACCCCUAAGUGCAACUACUGUAAGUGUAAUCAUUCUCUCAGGCUUUUUGAAUACGAAUCCCUGAUAUCCCGCUAGUUACUGACAGAAAUUUCCCCUGUCCACCAAGAUGACCGCGUUCUUAUAGGUGCUCGAGGCACGGUUGCGCACGGGGCCCCUGAACGCAGGAAUGAAUGCUUUUAGCCGCGGACUGGAUUGAAAAGUGUGAUCCUAGGGUUCGGUGUGGGCGGGAGUGGGAGAGUGUCGGCUGUGCUUCGUAGGGCUUCUCAUUUAAUUCAUCUGUAAUGGUGCUGCCGCGAUAUGGAACAAAAAACUCUUACCGGGGUUAUAAUUUCACCGCGCAAUCAGUUCAGUUUUGCACUGCAUGGGGAAAAAAGGGGGAGAGAAAAAAAGGUGAAACGCAUGGAACAUUUGAUUGAGGAGAAAAUUAAGUGAGACAUUGUGAAUUGUGAUUGCAUUAUUCAUUGUUUUCCGUCACAUUCAUCCCCCUUUUCUCUUUCUAUUGUGUGCUUUGGUGACCUGUCCCCAUUGCAAAUGAUCUACGAUGCUUGGGGCAUGAGCAAAUUAAUUAGAUAAAUAGAGAGAAGAACGAAAACAUUUACCACAACAAAUUCUACGGUGACAGGGGUGUUAUGCCACGCUCUUUCAGUCCGACCUCAUUUAAUAGCUGUCAUUGUUGUGGCUGCCUGUGUUGUCAGAAUGAGAUACUACGUUUUUCAUCGCAGCCUUUAUCACUCUAGUUUAAAAGGUGUUACUGAACUCGAACCAUCCAUCAUUGGCAGAGCUUUGUAAAACCUGGAUAUCUGUUUCAUCAAAUGAAAAUCUGUGCUCUCUCUUGAACCAGUUAACUUAUUAAAAGGAACACUUUUAAAUUAGCUUGACAUUUCAACUUCUGGGCUUCACACACUAGUCCAAAGCACCUGUAUGCUCUGCCUCAAGCAAAGUUACAGAGCUCUGCAUUUUUCUUUACAUAGUUCAGUUGUCUGCUGACCUACAUGCAAUUCUCCUCUAACUUGCCACAAAAGCCUUUUUAUGAUCUGUAAAUAUUAUCCUUUCCAACCCUUAUUUGGAGUCAGCAUGAGUUAGUGUAUUUUUCUGUUUAAAAGUGAAAAAGUAUUAAAGUAAGUCAAGAUAUGUCUGGUUGUUUCUCAGUUUUGAUACUUUUCCUUUGAGUUAUGCCAUGUUCUGUUAAAACUAAGAUUUAUUUUUUGUCAAACCUUACUUAUAGUCUACACAUUAGCAUUCAAAAGUAUUUAACCGAAAAGCAAAAAUAAACAUUUUUAGAAAUUCUGUUUUGACAUUCUUAACAAUCUUAAUGAAAUUUUUGCAUGCUUAGACCUUGAAACAAUGUCAGCAUCUACAAAGUUGUUUAGUUUAAUGAUAGUGCAACAGAGACCGGGGCUAGUUGUUACAGUUUUUACUCCAGUUAAUAUUUCAGAGUUUUUUUUUUUUGUUUUUUCUUUUUUUUGUGAGAGUCCGUUUCUUCGUUGUUACAAACCUUAGUCUUGGCUACAAAAAACUUAUUAAAAAUGUACUUUGUUUUUGCCCAAGAAAAAGGAAAUAGUUCAUUUAACACACAUUUACCUUUUGUGACAACAUGCCCCUAUAACCAGACAUGUUGACACAAUCGAACCUGCCAUUAAAAAGCUUAUUGGAGGCUCUUAAGCAAAUGUAAAAAAUAAUAAUAAUAAAAAAAAAAAUUAAAAAAAUGAAGAAACAAAACAAUUAUUGAAAAAGCAAAAGUGUAAAAGGUAACAUAUCAAACUAUUGAUUUGGCCAACAUUUAUUGUAAUAUUAAUUAAUUGUAUAAAACUACAAAACGCGUAUAAAGCUGACCCAAACUGACAUUUAUGAAAAAUACCCUUGCCAUUUAAAACUGUUCAACCUUUCAGUUAAAAAAAUUUUUUUUUUUAUUUGACUCUUGUCCCAGUGAGGUUUUAUAUAUAUAUAUAUAAUUAAAAUUUCACAGCUGUUCUAAGAUAGUCUUUGUCUUAAAUUUGCCGGUGCUCUUAGCCCUCAAAGUAACACAGGUGGUAAGUGUUCGAUGGCCCUGUAACACUUGUCCACUUUUUCUAAAAAUAGACUCUUUAAACUUGCAAUCAGACACUUAUUUUGUGUUAAUUAGGUUUGCGCAAAUGGCAGCAACCUAGCAUGCGGAGUGGCCACACGUCACCUGAAAAACUGGUUAUUUGGCUGGUUAAUUAGGUGUCCAGCUGCUUGCCGGUCAGCCAGCUUGGAGAUCAUGGCCAAUCAGUCGUCCAAGUAAAUCCAGGGCCACUGAGCUGGGCUAACGUGUGAUAUCUUGCCUCGAUCUGUGACAUGGCUGGCAUGGGUUAACCUGUGAAGAGGCAGCAGGUGCUGUAGGAUUAAGUGUCCGACUUGCCUCUGGUUACACAAGCUAAUUGAACACAUUCUGACGCCCUCUGGACACCUGGGGAAAGCCUCUGGCCAUGAGAGUGGGUGAGAUCUGCCUUUAACCAUAUGCGUGCGUGUGUGUGGUUUGAGACAAUUUAUACUGACCCCUGUUGUAAGAAAAAAACAACAAUAUAAUUUGCUUAGUAUGAUAACAACAAUACAAAUUAUUAUUAAUUAACUUACAAGAAUAUUCAGGGUUCAGUACAAGUUACUGUAAGCUUAGUCAAUAGCAUUUUUGCUACCACAAAAUUUUAUUUCGAAUUGUUCCUCCAUUUCUUUAAAAAAAAAAAAAAAGAAGCAAAAUGUAGGUUACAGUGAGGUUCUUACAAUGGAAGCGAACGGGGCCAAUCUGUAAACAUUAAAAUACUCUCUGUUUUAAAAGUAUAGUCACAAGAUGUAAACAUUAUACAUGUUAACAUGAUUUCAGUGUGAUAAAAUCGCUUCCUAACUUUCUCUGUGUAAAGUUAUAGACAAUUUUAAUGCUGUAAACCCUACAACAACUGUAAAAACGAUGAUUUAAACAACUUUAUACCUCCAAUUAUACACAGAUUUCAACAGAAGAAUGAAUGUAAUUUCCUUUAUAAAAUUAUAAGCUUCACAUUUCUUCCUUUAAACCCUCCAAAAACUGGCUCCAUUCAUUUCCAUUGUAAUUGCCUCACUGUAACCUUGAAUUCGAGGUUAAAGAAAAGGAGGGAAAAGUUGAAAUAUUUCUUUUGUGGCAAUCAACAUUAUCACAUAAAUGCUGACAAUUGAGCUUAACUUGUAUUGAACCUGGAAUAUUCAUUUUAGUCUUUAACAUCGCCAGGAAGUGCAGUUGAAUGCAGCACAAUGUGAGAUAAAAAUUUCUCAUCAAAAUGGUGAUGGAGAUAGAGAAGAAGACUGUCAUUCAGUCUGUCAUUUCAUAAAAAAACAGAGGACAUUCAUAAGCCAAAUAUGCUGUUUAGUUCAGCAUGUUCUUCUUAGUGGGUCUUAUUACAAAUAAAUACAUGUGAGUUAUCUGUAAUAUACUGUAACAGAUACGUUUCAUAGAUUAUUAACCACAAUCAUGAUUUCUAUAGCCGUUUUGCACAACCUUUGGCAGAAUUCAUCAAAUGAAAAUUAAUUUUAGUCACCAGCUAACCUAACAGUGGCCCCUAAAAAGUAUUUUGGCACUAAUGCCAUAUUUAAAAAUGUAAAUCUAAUUGCGUUAGAUGAAAAAAUGUCAAACCAAGUAGCAUUUAUGUUUAAAAGAAAGAUAAUGUUUUUCAAGUAAUAUAUUUUGCAAAAAGAAGUUUCUUGGUUAUUAAAUGAUAAACAAUAUAUACACUAUUCAAAAUGAAGACAAAGUAUUUCGGCCCUUUCUGGUUGUCAAACCAAACUUCAUACAUCCACUAAAUAUGACUUUGGGACUAGUUGGUUAAAAGCUAGCUACAAACUACUUUAGAUAUAUAUAUAUAUAUAUAU